AUGUCGGACCAAGCCGAUGCUCCGGUCUUUGGCGCUUUCAGUUCGCUGCUAGGUUACGUUGGGGGGCAAGCUGCCACCAGCGCGAUCUUCGAGAGGUUUCUUUGGCCUCAGCGGAAUUUCUCAUCGUUUUCCAUUUACGACAUGCCGCGACUAGCAUGUUUGUACUCUAUGGCAGGCCCUAUUGGGUCAAUUGCUCUCGAGGUCAUCGACACUGCAUAUAAGAAUGGACUCUUUAGCGGUGCUGUACAGGGUCAUAUGCUUGGAACACACUUUUACCGCGACCUUGAAUGGACCUAUACUUUGCACGCCUGCGGAGGAGAAUCUGAGAGGGAAUCGCAAAUCCGAAACUGCCUUUGGGUCCAGGCCCUACUCAACAUGCCUCUCCCAACCAUCAAAGAGCCCUCAAUCCGACAACCAAAUGACACCGAGAGCGGCAAAGUCACUGAAGAAAAAGCGAAACCAGUGCGCGCAAGAGUUGCCGUUAGCCACUUAGUGCUCUCAAAAGCUACAGACGAAGACCUUGGUAACUCCAAGGUCCCUUUCAUUUCGGAAGAGAUCAAGCGUGUUGACUUGCUCUGCUUGGUGGAGAUUAUAUUAACCGAGUGUGUUGGCAUCGGCAUCAUGAUUUGCGUAGCCACAAUCACUCGCUCGCUGUGGAGCAUCAUCUUCAUUAUGCCGCUCAUCCUUCGAAUUAUCGGCACCUUAUUCGCUCUUGAACGUGAGGGUCUAACGCCCUUCCCGGACGCAAUCGACGAUGAACAGACACGGGACUGGGAGAUCAAUUGCCCGGCAAUCGAAGGAAAAUUCAUGUUAAUCACCGGCCCGCCCUCUAUCGUCAACCAGUUCUUUCGUCAUUACGGACAUCCUGUGAGAAAUCGAUUCCGCGAGGUUAUCCAGCUAGCUGUCGUCAUUGCCUUUGGGACUUAUUUCCCAGUGGGGCUCCUUUGUCAAGUCACCUGGAUGCCCGUUUUUGUACAGUACAUCUGGACAGUUUGGCAAGUCUGGCAAGUCUUGGUCAUGCAUUUCGAUCGAUAUACCCAAAGAGGGACCAGCCGCACGACUACAGAUGCCGCUAUCGCAGCGAAGUUAUUCAAGAGUUUCCAAACUGGUGACUCUGACAGAGUUUUCGCAAGCGAUAUCCUGUUUGGGCAGAGGAGAAACGGACCUGCUGUUGUAAAAGCCAGUUUAUCAUUGACAGUGGCGGAUAGCUAUGCAGACGGAAAGAAAGUUUUGAAGAGCAAGAUUGGGAAAUGA